CGGAGUCGGGGCCAAAGGGGCGGAGCGGGGCAGGUCUUCCCAGGCCCGGCCCCGCCCCGCUGCCGCCAUGUUGCGGCCGUUGCUGCCCGGCGCUGGGUGAGGCCUGUGCGGGCCCCGGAGGAGCUGCCUGCGCUGGUAAGUGCGGCUCAGCCGGGCUGGCCACUGACCCCCGCGGACGCACCGAGUCCCGCUCAGACGCACAGCUCCCUGUCCUGACAGACGGACUCCAGCACCCCCCCGUGGGGCUCACUACUGCCCGCUCCCCUCCCCCAGUCCGCGGUGCAGGCGGACACCCUCCUGCCGACCCCUUGGCUUUCAUCAUGGGGGACAUGAAAACCCCAGACUUCGAUGACCUUUUGGCUGCUUUUGACAUCCCAGACCCAACUAGCCUUGAUGCCAAGGAGACCAUACAGUCAACUGGUGAAGAGAACGAAAAUCACUUAAAGCCAUCAGGAAUUUGUAUAGAUGAAAAUGUGUCCUUGUCCCAAUCAGUGCCGGCUCCUGAUAUCCCUGUUGUGAGUGUUAUUGUGAAGAACACAAGUCGUCAGGAGUCCUUUGAAGCAGAGAAGGAGGGGAAUCACCUUGGAGCUGGUCUGUUACACAAUGGGUUCCGUGGGUCUGAUCUGCCAUCAGAGGCUCACAACUUAGUGAACAAUUAUGGGAAAUUUGAUUCUGCUUUUAUUAAUGGUGAUAGUUCGAAAAACUAUUCUGAAAAACUGGACCAGUCGAAGUCAGAACCUUUACCCACAUUCAGUCAGUUCAGCCCUAUCUCCAGCCCUGAACCGGAGGAUGCUUUCAAAGAAAACAGUAUUGACAAUAAACCAAAACAUGCCCAAACUCCAUAUUUCCCACCAACUCCAAUGUAUAUUCCGUCUGCGGCUUCAGUUCUAGAUUCACUUAGGAAGGUACCAGAGCCAGAAUUGAGUAUGUUUGAUCAAUAUUGUAAAAAAGAACAAAAGAUGGAGAUUCAUAGCCAGCAAGAAAAUAGGCUGGAAUUGAGCAGAAAAGAACAAGACAGAGUAGCAGAGAAGUUAGUAGAAUCCAGCAAAGAUCUAGUGGAUACCAACAACUUCCUUGGAGAAGGCUUGGCGUUUGGAAGCUUCCACAACAAUAACUUGAAGGAAAGCAGAGGGUCUAUGCCUGAGGUGAACUUUUCUUCAUCAAUCCCACCUCGCCAACGUCUAAAGCCAGCUCACUCAAAAUUGUCAUCUUGUGUUGCUGCAUUAGUAGCUCUUCAGGCCAAAAAAGUUGCAUGUAUUCCAAAAGAAGAUCAAACAAGCCUUACAAAAGAACCUUCUGGCCAUUUUAAAGAUGGCAUGAAAGGAAGCCCCAAAAUGCCUAAGUCACCAAAGAGCCCAAGAAGCCCCCUAGAGGUGGUAAAAAAGGCCAACAAGCAGCCUGAGAGUCCUCGGAGUGUGUGCAGUGAUAGUAGUGGAAAAGGCUCUCCAUCCGUGGCAGCUGGCUCUCCGCCGGCUAUUCCCAAAGUUAGAAUAAAAACUAUUAAGAUGUCUUCUGGUGAAAUUAAAAGAACUGUAACUAGAAUCUUGCCAGAAGCUGAAGAGUUGGGCAAAUCUCCUGAGGAGUCAUCUGCAGAAGGUUCGGCCGCAGAAGAGUUUACUAAGUCCUUCCCUUCACCUGAUACUAGUGCAGUCAUGGAAAAUGAGGCAAGCAAGGGUUCCACCAAAAAUGCAGCUGCCACAGCUAUUCAAGUGUCAAAUGUUGCGAGCCCCUGUAUAGAUGAUAUGAAAACAGAGACUACUGACAACAGCACACCCAAAGCGUCUUCGUCUCCACUGCCAAACUGUGGCAGUGAUGCCAUAAAAAUAGGUAAUGUAGGGCAGCAGCCCAACAAGAGGCAGCAUCAGAGUAUUGUGACACAGCAAUCUAACCCCACCACUUCCAGCCUCCUUCCCAAGGCCGUACAUCUAGCAAAUCUCAAUUUAGUUCCACACAGUGUUGCUGCUUCCGUCACAGCAAAAUCGUCUGUGCAAAGGCGAAGUCAGCCUCAGCUAACCCAAAUGUCAGUGCCACUGGUGCAUCAAGUAAAGAAAGCUGCUCCUGUAAUUGUGGAGGAAUUUAAUAAAGUACUAAACAGUAACAAUCUUGUGUCAGUGUAUUCUCCAAACCUCAGCCCACCACCUGACAGUAAUAUUCAGUUACCUGCAUCUGGGUAUUGUUGCCUGGAAUGUGGAGAUUCAUUUGCCUUAGAAAAAAGCCUAACUCAACACUAUAGUAGGCGAAGUGUCCACAUUGAAGUCAUGUGUACUCAGUGUUCAACUCUGCUACUGUUCUUUAACAAGUGUAGUUUGCUUAAACAUGCGAGAGAGCACAAGAGCAAAGGAUUGAUUAUGCAAUGUUCUCAGCUGUUAAUGAAACCAAUUUCCUUAGAUGAAAUGUUUUCACCUUCUCCUACAAACUCUUCAGUGUCUUUGGCCCCUCAGACUUUGCAUUUCCCAGCUCCUUCAUGUAAACCCAGUGCUACAUCAGGAAGUGGGACAGGAACCUCUAUCAACACUCACCCAGCCAUGCCUCUGUAUGCAGACCCAUUGAGACUAAUCCGUCAUGGACUAAAGUGUCUUGAAUGUAACAAGCAGGCACAGGAUUAUGUUGCUCUAGCAGCACACUUCCAGAGAACCUCGGAAGAUAAUGAGGGACUGACUUGUCAAGUGUGCCAGAUGAUGCUGCCUAACCAGUGCUGCUACUGUGCUCAUCAAAGAAUCCAUACUCACAAGUCCCCUUACUGCUGCCCAGAGUGUGGGAUACUCUGCCGAUCAGCCCAUUUCCAAACCCAUGUCAAGGAGAAUUGCCUACAUUACUCUCGCAAAGUUGGAUACAGGUGUAUCCACUGUGGAGUUGUCUUUAUGUCGCUAGCUAUGCUGAAAGUGCACAUUCACGAGAAACACUGCGAAGUCUUCCACAAAUGUUCUUUUUGUCCAAUGGCUUUCAAAUCUGCAGACAGUACCACUGCCCAUAUUACUAGCCAGCACCCAGAAGAGCCUCACAAGACUACUCAGGUUAUCUACAAAUGUUCUUGUGAGACUGUCUUUAACAAGAAGAAGCUGCUCCAGGAGCACUUCCAACAGAAUGCCAACAAGCUGUUGGUGGGAGUAUUUAAGUGUCCGCAGUGUCAAUUAGUGUAUAUGCAGAAACAACAAUUAAUGCAGCAUGUCAAGGCUGUUCAUGGGGUCCCCCCAUAUCCUGAGGAUGUCUCUAACCUUCGACAGAAGCCUCAGACAACGUCCAGCAGCCAAGUUCUUGCACCACCAAAGGAGUUGUCAGUAGCCAAUGGCACUUCCCACACUGCUUUGCCAAGGAAGGACACAAGAGUGGAAAACAACUCAGAAUCAAAACCCAUCUUGAAAAGUGUUGGUUGGACUUGUAGAGAGUGUUCACAAUGGAACCCUGAUCGGGAAAACUAUGUGUCCCAUAUGAAGAAAAGCCAUGGAAAGUCUGUGAAGAGAUAUCCCUGUCGGCAGUGUGAGCAUUCGUUCAACGACUUCAGCAGUCUGGGCAGACACAUUCGCAAUAACCAUGACACAGCAAAGAAAGUUUACACUUGCUGGUUCUGCACAGAUGAAAAUCGGACAUUUCCUCAGCCUUCCAUGCUGGAGAAUCACAUCAGCCUCAUGCAUGGCAUCAAAAACCCAGACCUGUCCCAGAUGUCCAAAGCAAAAGCUCCAGAGUGUGACUCAACAAAAGCAAAAUCUCCAAAGAGAGUGUCUGCAGAUGCUCCAGGACAGAUGGAAACCACUGAAGUUCCACCAGCCAAAAAACUGAAGGCACAUUGGAAAUGUGCUAAAUGUGGAUUUGCAACAGAUAUCAGUACUGAAUUUCAGGAACACAUACCUCAGCACAAGGCGGACAACUCCACUGCUCAAUGCUUGCUCUGUGGCUUGUGUUAUACAUCUCACAUCUCUCUGAACAGGCACCUCUUUAUUGUUCAUAAAGUAAAAGAUCCAGUAGAGGAAGAGGAGGAGGAGGAGGAGGAGGAGGAAGAGGAAAGGGAAAAGUUACAGACAGAGACAAAUGAGAAUGGACAUGAAGAGUAUAAUAGAGAGAUGAACACUACAGUGGAAGAAGAAAAUAGUUUGAAAUGCAGAAUGUGCAAGAGUGACUCAGUGCUUUGUGCACACAGUCAGAGGUGUGGCGUGGAGGAUUCCAGCAGCAAUUGUCAGAACAAUCAUUCAAAUGCUACUAAGAUUUAAGAAAAGAAAAAUUUUUACUCAAAAUAUUGGGUGGGAAUCAAGCAGAUCUUUGAAAUAUCCUGUUUAUUUCUUGGGCUGGACUGUGUUUUCCAUUAACUUUUUUAAUUUGUAAGGGAAAUAAAAACUGCUUCCACCUCCAUAGCACUGAAUCUCUGCCAGAUCAGAGGUGAAAAGAGAAAGCAGGACAAGAAUCCCCGCUGGAACUUGUCUGACUCCUAAGGAUGCAGGAGCACUUUCUGAAGCUGCAGUUUUCUUUCUGAAAAUGAGCUCUCCUUGAGUAUGCACUGCCUCUGCCUGCAGUGCUAGCCUUGCCUG